UCCACUGCACCCUGAUAACAACAUACAUACCACAGCCCUGUCCUCUGGCUCACACUGUUUCUCUUCAGGCAGAUUUCUUAUACUUUCAUCAUGAUUUUUCAAGCCCUUUUUGAUUGCAUGAAUUUUACUAGUUGGCUGUUGCUCGGUUUUGUACUGGUAAUUUUGGCUGAUGUGAUACGAAAUCGGAGACCUCACAACUUUCCACCAGGUCCCUGGGCUGUGCCUCUUUUAGGAAAUGUCUUCACUGGAGUAGACUACAAAACAAUGGAGGAGCUGGCUCAGAAGUACGGCCCGGUGUUCAGUUUGAGGAGGGGCAGUGAGAGGGUGGUGUUUGUUACAGGAUACAAGAUGGUCAAAGAGGCUCUUGUCAGCCAGCUGGACAACUUUGUUGAUCGACCAAUCGUCCCACUUUUCCAUGUUAUAUUUAAGGGUAUUGGUAUAGCUCUGAGCAAUGGUUACCUUUGGAAGAAACAGAGGAAGUUUGCCAACACCCACCUGCGUUACUUUGGAGAGGGCCAGAAGUCGCUGGAGAAGUACAUUGAAGUGGAGUGCCACUUUCUUUGUGAAGCUUUCAAUGAGGAGCAAGGAAGACCAUUCAACCCCCAAUACACCAUUACAAAUGCAGUCGGUAACAUCAUCUCCUCUGUGGUCUUUGGACAUCGCUUUGAAUACAGUGAUCCAAGCUUUCGCAAGAUUCUGGAGCUGGACAAUGAAGCGGUCGUGCUUGCUGGUUCCGCUCAGACGCAGCUGUAUGAUGCCUUUCCUGGCAUCAUGAAGUACCUGCCAGGACCUCACCAAACUGUCCAUGCCAACUACAGGGAGAUCGUGGCUUUCUUGAAUAGGGAAAUUGAAAAGCACCAGGAGGACUGGAACCCAGAUGACCCUCGUGAUUUUGUUGAUGCAUAUUUGUCAGAGAUGGAGAAGAAAAAAGAGGAUCCUCAUGCUGGCUUUAAUACAGAAACACUUCUGGUUUGCACCCUGGACCUGAUUGAGGCUGGAACAGAAUCAGCUUCCACCACUUUACGCUGGGCCCUAGCAUUUGUGAUGAACUACCCAGAGAUACAGGAAAAAGUCCAGGCAGAAAUAGACAGAGUGAUCGGACAGUCUCGCCAGCCGACCCUAGCUGACAGACCCAACCUACCUUACACUGAUGCCGUUAUCCAUGAAACCCAAAGGUUUGGAAAUAUUGUUCCCCUGGGAUUCCCUAAAAUGGCCUGUAAAGACUGCACACUCGGAGGAUACUUUAUUCCUAAGGGCACAGCUAUUAGUACGAUACUUUCGUCUGUCCUGUUUGAUAAGAAUGAGUGGGAGACUCCAGAUGUCUUCAAUCCUGAGCAUUUCUUGGAUUCAGAGGGGAAAUUUCGAAGAAGAGAGGCCUUCUUACCAUUUUCAGCAGGUAAACGUGUGUGUAUCGGUGAACCCCUGGCCAAAAUGGAGCUGUUCCUUUUCUUUGCAUCUCUGCUCCAGCGCUUCACCUUCACUCCUGUUCCUGGAGAAAUGCCCAGCUUGGAGGGUGUGAUGGGCUUCACCUAUUCUCCCAAGGAGUUCAGGAUGCUUGCUGUGCCUCGCUGAUGUCAUUCUGUCCAAACAGAAGGAUUAAUGAGCUGAACCUCAAAAUCUUUUUACCAAAUCACCAACACUGUAGAAUCCCACAGAGAAGCAAUGACAUGACAGAACUGACCUGCAACUGAAAAUAUACUUUGAAUAAAUACACAAUUUAAUCUGUAUUUUACAUAUUGUAAGAGAACACAAUAGAACUGUGUUUAUGUAAUACAUAUUAGUGGUUAGACAGCUUUGUUAAAAAACAGCCAUGUGUUGAUCAUUGCUGAGUGAACACCAUUAUAUUUCACAUUAUUCCUUUCUAAUACUGACUUGAGUCUUUAUCUGUAUUAGGCCAAAGGAUUUCAAAUAUUAUCUUCUGUAUAUAAA